GUAAAGGGCGGGACUUGUUGCCCUUCGCAACGCUUGGUUCCCGCAAUAGGUCCAUGGGUUCCCGGGGAGUGGCGGCAGUUUCAACAUGGCGGCAGCCCUAAUGAGAACUGAAGAGUCAGGAAUAUUUUGGAUUAAUGACACAUCAGAAGAAGAGCAGUCCGUUGUAUUGGUACCAGGAGUCAGCAGAGAUACAAAGUUUGGCAUCGCCAGAUCGAGUUUGAAAGAUACAAAAAUCAGAGACAAGCGUGACUGUAAAAAAAGUACCAAAAUUGAGAGGCGUCAGAGUCAGUUGCAAAGCGCUCCUUCACUGACUUUCAAAGCACAGGACCUGAUCCAACCCCACACUGCAUUCACCAUGACUACUCCUGCCAACAAAGUCACCCCCUUGUCACAGACCAACACCACCAGAACCCAGAGCAGUUUGAAGGACCUCUGCCCAGAGGAUAAGCGGCGUAUCGCUAACCUCAUUGAAGAACUAGCCAGAGUUAGUGAGGAGAAGGAUGAGUCGGUACAGAGGCUGCGGGAAGAACAGCAGACAUUUGAGCGCAAGAUCCAACAGCUGGAGCAGCAAAAUGUGCUCAUCAUUCAGGAGAGGGAAGGCCUACAGCAGCAGUACAAGGAAUGCCAGGAGCUGCUAGGUCUCUACCAGCAGUAUCUGGCCCAGCAGCAAGAGAAGCUCAACCAGUCCAUAGCACAGCUUCACAACAAGGUGUCCGUCAGUGAAGCAACUCCCGGCAGACCCUCUGGCAGCAGGACGAACGGGUCAACUCUGGGCGCCUCGCACCCAGGCCCUGAUCCCGGCCCCAAGGGACCACCCCGCACACGGGAAGCCCUGGCCCGCGGUCGCCAGACCCUCUCGGACACGACCCCUCCGGACUCCUCCUCCUCUUGCGAGAGCGGGCCACCGCACGUGCGCACGGAGCCACGCAGAGCCCGCCGCGUCUGCGGGCAUUGUCCGGCCAGCGGAACCAAGCCGAGGACGGAACGGGAAGAAGACCAACGCCUAGAGCACGGCGGACCGCAGGCCUGCAACGGGCCAAGCGAGGCGGAGGCCGCGGCACCCCACGGGGGCCGGGCAGCCCGGACGGACCCUCCCCGGGACCACGAGCACUGGGAGGAGAAGAGACACCAGCUGCUGCUGCAGAAGCUGCAGCUGGAGGCGGAGAAGGAGAGGCUGCAGACGCGGCUGGCCGAGCAGGAGGAGCGGCUGGCCAGACAGGGCCAGCAGCUACGGCAGUCACGACUCGACUACAGCAGGUUCCAACAGGCCACUCAAGCGCAGCCCUCCUGCUCCAUCACUGGAGGUGGGGCGUCACAGAGCGAGCAGCCCUCGAACCGGCAUUUGUAUUUCGGUGGGUGUGAAGAUGCAGAUGCUGCAAAGCACCUCUUGAGUAAAGAUCUGCCGCCGACUUCAGCCAACGCUCUUCAGAAGGAGCUCUCUAUGCACGAAGCCUUGCGGUGCUCCAGACAGGACAUGGCUACGUCACCGGUCACCACGUUUGCCCCAAUCCCUGAGGCCAUACCAGCAUGUGCCUUACCCCUGAAGUCCCCUGAGGCUAGGUUGGACUCCUCUCUCCUGGAGCUGCUGGAGGUCUUCAGCCCCAUCCCUGUGCCUCCCCAGCGCCCGCCGUCCUCCCAGAGACACAACGCCACCGUGCCCCACGGGGCCCUUAGGCCAGGCACCGCCAUGGCCGCCUCCCGAUCAGCAUGCCUUGCCCCUCUGAGCUCCUCCGCCUCCUCUGGACGCUUCACCCAGAGCCCCCAGCAGGACCUCGAGGAGAGCCAGAUACUGGAGGACAUCUUCUUCAUCUGCUGAAGUGUGUGUGUGUGUGUGUGUGUGUGUCAGUGUCACUUAGAGGGGUAAAAUGCUAAUCUGCGUAUUUUCACCUCUUAUGUCUUAACAAUAUUUGGAAAGUGUUCUGCUAAUACUGUAUAUUUUAAUAUAAAUAAACCUAAAUUCACUCUAGAAGUGGUUGUACCCCCA